CACGAAUUGUCGAUGUUACGCGCCAAUCAUCUUCUGACAGUUUGACCUUCAAGUGCUCAGCAGCUUCUGUCAGCGGGACACUCCUGAAGCGUUUUGUUGUAAUCUACGUAACGUUCCAACUUCCUAUCUCAAAUAGACUUCAUACAUAAACCAAAUGACAAACUUCGAUGUAAUAUGAAUCCCGAAUGUCGAAAACCCGUUUUAUUAUGGGGUGUUCUUGGCGGGUUUAUGACUGGGACUCUCGAUUUUCUGCGAACAAGUAACCUUCGUCGUGGUGUGCAUGUUGGUUUAGUGUCCAUAAUGUUUAUAUCUACAUGUGCUAACAUAACAUGCCAUCAUUUGAAGUUCAAGCGUAACCAAAAAAACCGGAUGUCAUAUUUUGAUUUUAAAAAGCGGUUGGAUGAAGAACUAGCUCAAAAGCUUUUGUUAUCACAACAAAAAUAUGAUGAAAGCCCUACAACUAAUUGUAGACUAUGAAUAGUAAUUUGAAUCAUUUUUCCUAUCCAAAAAACGUAUUCUAGUUUAUA